UCUCCAAGCCAUAUUCCUUUAAGAUGAUGUAAUAGUCAUUUCCCUGGAUGGUUUCUCGCCUGCACUGCUGAAACAACAGCCUCCGAACUGCACUGGGAACUGUGGAACCACCCAGCUCCGAGGAGCCGGAGCCCGAGCCCCCCGCUGGCAUCUCUGCGCUGUGGCGGCCCACGGCUCCCGCCGGCUCCCACCUGGCUGGGAACAUGGGAGACCGUUUGCCCUUGCCGGCAGGUGGGGUGGCUACCUGGGACCCCAGCAGGGCACAUCUGUCUUUCUGCUUCUGGGCUUUCUGAAAAGCUUCUAAGUCCCGGUACCUCUUACAACUCUCUUCUGUUUUAAGAAUUCUUCUAACGGUUUGAUUUUUUUUCUUUUUCUGGAGAAGCUUUGGUUGAAUAUUUUUCUCUGCUUUGCUUCUUCAACCCAACCACCUCUCAUCACGGUAUAACUUUUUGUGACUUGUCUUAACUUGAGAUUGGGAGUGGAUAUAUACAUACAUACAUACAAACAUACGUUUAUAUAAAUAUUUAUAUAUAUAUAACAUUAUUUUCUGAGAGCACAUCUCUCUGGCACUUUUCAUUGAUACCUCUGUCCUUUACCUCUUUGGGAUUUGGCUGUGGAUUCUGACUGCUUUGCAAAUGGGUAUUUCUUCCAAGAACUGGAUUUCCAGCACUCACUAAGACAGACCUCUGAGUAACUGGGGACUCGGCCUGCCUUGCCUCCGGAGCUUGGGGAAGAGCGGAUGGAGAUGAGUUGAUUAUAUUCCAUGAAGUAAUAGCUCACCACCAGCCGGGGUUUAAACUACUUUUGCAGCAUCACUUCACCUGUGGACUCUUCUAAAUUUUGCUUUCUUGGGGAAAAAACUAGGGUAAGAGGAGGUCGUUUUUAACAAGUUAACGUCAUCCUCCCUCCCUUACAAGUUGAUGCAAAGGAUAAGGCUGUGACUCCAUUGGAUUGCACCUUCAAAUCAAAAUAGAAGAAGAAAGGGACAAUGGCUCUGAGUGGAAACUGUAGUCGUUAUUAUCCUCGAGAACAAGGGGCUGCAGUUCCCAACUCCUUCCCUGAGGUCGUGGAGCUGAAUGUUGGGGGUCAAGUUUAUUUUACUCGCCAUUCUACUUUAAUAAGCAUCCCUCAUUCCCUCCUGUGGAAAAUGUUUUCCCCAAAGAGAGACACGGCUAACGAUCUAGCCAAGGACUCCAAGGGAAGGUUUUUCAUUGACAGAGAUGGAUUUUUGUUCCGUUAUAUUCUGGACUAUCUCAGGGACAGGCAGGUGGUCCUGCCUGAUCACUUUCCGGAAAGGGGAAGACUGAAACGGGAAGCGGAGUACUUCCAGCUCCCAGACUUGGUCAAACUCCUGACCCCCGAUGAAAUCAAGCAAAGCCCCGAUGAAUUCUGCCAUAGUGACUUUGAAGAUGCCUCCCAAGGAAGCGACACGAGAAUCUGCCCCCCUUCCUCCCUGCUCCCUGCCAACCACAAGUGGGGUUUCAUUACUGUGGGUUACAGGGGGUCCUGCACCCUGGGCAGAGAGGGGCAGGCAGAUGCCAAGUUUCGGCGAGUUCCCCGGAUUUUGGUUUGUGGAAGGAUUUCCUUGGCAAAGGAGGUCUUUGGAGAAACUUUGAACGAGAGCAGAGACCCUGACCGAGCCCCAGAAAGAUACACCUCCAGAUUUUAUCUCAAAUUCAAGCAUCUGGAAAGGGCUUUUGAUAUGUUGUCAGAGUGUGGAUUCCACAUGGUGGCCUGUAACUCCUCAGUGACAGCAUCUUUCGUUAACCAAUAUACAGAUGACAAGAUCUGGUCAAGCUAUACUGAAUACGUCUUCUACCGUGAGCCUUCUAGGUGGUCCUCCUCGCACUGUGAUUGCUGCUGCAAGAACGGCAAGGGCGACAAAGAAGGGGAGAGCGGCACGUCUUGCAACGACCUCUCCACUUCCAGCUGCGACAGCCAGUCUGAGGCCAGCUCUCCCCAGGAGACGGUCAUCUGUGGGCCCGUGACACGCCAGACCAACAUCCAGACUCUGGACCGUCCCAUCAAGAAGGGCCCCGUCCAGCUGAUCCAACAGUCAGAGAUGCGGCGGAAAAGCGAUCUGCUCCGGACUCUGACUUCGGGCUCCAGGGAGUCGAAUAUGAGCAGCAAAAAAAAGGCUGUUAAGGAAAAGAUCUCAAUUGAGGAAGAGCUGGAGAAAUGCAUCCAGGAUUUCCUCAAGAUCAAAAUUCCCGAUCGGUUUCCUGAGAGGAAACAUCCUUGGCAAUCUGAACUCUUACGGAAGUAUCAUCUAUAG